CAUCACCGGUACGGAUUUCAUUUUCAGUCGAUUUUGUGACUGCACAGAGGCAACAACAUUCACCUUCCCCAAACUCUGCGACGAUUGUGAUCUGGCAAAGCCCAAUUGGAUCAUUUUAUUUGAAUCAAUUUAGUUCGUUAAGCAUUAUGUCCACUUUGGAACGUGUUAUAACUCAACUCAGUGCCGGUAAAGUUCAAGGUUGCAAAUCUGCACUACCGAACGGGAAUAGCUAUUGCUUCUACAGAGGAAUCCCAUAUGCCAAACCUCCUGUCGGUGAGCUUCGUUUUCGGCCACCUGUUGCUUUGGAAAGAUUCGAGGAAGAAGUGCUGGAUUGCAGUUAUGAGCGGAGUUCCUGUUAUGCGUAUAUGCAUUUCCCACCCACGGUGGCCGUUAGCGAGGAUUGUUUGUACGCAAAUGUCUACACCCCGAUAGAUCCUACCGAAAUCGAACGGACAAUUCCACUUCCUGUAAUGGUUUGGAUCCAUGGUGGAGGUUUUAUAGCAGGAAGCGGCGAUGCAGCUAUUUAUGGUCCUAGAUAUAUAGUGCAGGAGGGGGUCAUUGUGGUGACGUUCAACUAUCGAUUGGGUCCCUUGGGAUUCCUAUAUUUCCCAGAGAAAGGAAUUUACGGUAAUAUGGGAUUGAAGGAUCAACGGUUCCUACUGAAAUGGGUACAAGAAAACAUUUCAAAAUUCGGAGGAGAUCCCGAUAAUGUCACGAUUUUUGGUGAAAGUGCAGGUGGUGCAUCAUGUCAUUUGCAAUAUCUGUGCGAAUCCUCUCGGAAGUAUUUCCACAAGGCAAUAUGUCAGUCGGGAGUAGCUUUCACUGUGUGGACCGAGCAGAUGGAUGCAGUUUCCAAAACACGCAACUUGGCCAAGUUCGUAGGCUGUGUAGCAGAGAGCGAUGAUGAAAUUUACGAAACCCUCAUGAGUGCACCCGCUGACGAUCUCAUAGCUGGCAGUGAACAAUGUGUUUCAGAUCUAGAUCGUUCGAUUUACAGAAUCUUUGCAUUUUCUCCAGUAGUAGAACCAAAGGAAUCAGAAGAUCCUUUCAUAACCGAAAACUACGUGGAUAUUCUAAGAAACCCGAAUAUGACGAAUAUUCCACUAAUACUGGGCUUAACCAGUAAUGAAGCCAUUUGCUUCAUUCAAAACCUCUCGGUUGAACUUUAUGCAAAUGAUGCAAAACUAUUCGUGCCUCCUCAAUUGGCUGUUCCAGAAGACCGAUUGCUUCAAGUUGGAGAAGAAGUCAAACGGUUUUAUUUUGAAAAUCGAACUGUUUCAUCUGAAAACUUGCAGUUUCUUUUGGAUUUUGUUUCUGACUGUAUGUUUGUCAUACCGGUUUGUGUGGCAAGCGAAUUGCAUUCGAGAUAUCAGCACAGUGCUCCACAAUAUUUCUACUGCUUUUCAUUUGAAGGUAAAUCGAAUCACAUAAAAGCAAUGUUCCAAAACGACUACCAACUAGAAGGUGCAGCUCAUGCGGAUGAAUUGACAUACAUGUUUGAGGCAAGCUUUUUCACCACCGAGGAGAUGGAUACCGAUAGCCAGGAAUACAAGAUACGCAAAGCUAUGUGCCGUAUGUGGACAAAUUUUGCAAAAUGUGGCAAUCCAACGCCGGAUGAAGAUCAACUGGAUAUUUUGUGGCAGCCAGUAGAGAAAAUAGAUCCUGAUCAGGAGAAAUAUAACAUCAGAGCGCUGGACUUGAACGAACCAUCCAAAAUGGUAGACCACCCAUUCGAAAAGCGAGUUAAUUUUUGGAAACGAUUGUUUGAAAAAUACGGUGGGAACUAUUUGCUUCAUCGAGCAUUGCAAUGAAAUCCAACUUCUUCCAAAUUGUGUUCAAUCAUAAAAAUGCCCUUUGAAUAUAUAUAACCCUCGAUGCUUUUAUAAAAGAAAUACUAGAGAAUAUAAUUAACUGAUUGAUAUUAAUCCAAACUACUUUCGUGUAAAACGAUGAAAAUAAAUUUAUUCUCAAUGUUUUCAAUACA